AGGAACACUGACAAUGUAACACCAGUUGAAGUCCGGGAGCUGUUUAGUCUUACUAGUGGAAGGAUUUCUGAAACAAAUGAUGUUAAAUGGAGCUCCAGGAAAAGAUAUCUGUGCCGAUAUUUACAGAAGUAAACAGGGAGGUGUUUCUCCGAGAGAUCUACCCUAAGCGCAGACCAACCGUGCUGAGAGGUGUGUGUCUCGGGCCAUGCCUGGAGAAGUGGACGGUUGGAUAUCUCGGAGAGAAAGGAGGAGACAAGGAAGUGAAGAUUCAUGUUUCUACAGUGCCACAGAUGGAUUUCCUUCACAAAAACUUUGUGUACAAGACUCUGCCAUUCAGAGAAUUUGUGAAAAGGGCAUCGGAGAAAAGGCACUCCAACUUCUUCCUGAGUGAGGAUGAGAGCUAUUAUCUCAGAUCACUGGGAGAGGAUGUCCGCAAGGAACCUGCUGAUCUGAGCAAACAGUUCCCAGACUUGGCAGAGGAUUUUAAUAUCCCACCGUUCUUUGAACAAGAGCAGUGUUUCUCCAGCGUCCUCCGCAUCAGCUCCUGUGGUCUGCAGUUGUGGACACACUACGAUGUGAUGGAUAACCUGCUGGCUCAGGUGACAGGGAUGAAGAGAGUAGUCCUCUACAGUCCCCAGGAUGCACUCCACCUCUACCUGUCAGGUGAUAAGUCAGAGGUUCUGGACAUUGAUGCCCCAGAUCUGAAACAGUUUCCUAAGUUUGUGAGAGCAAAGAGAUACGAGUGUGUGCUCGAGCCAGGAGAUCUACUUUUCAUCCCUGCCUUGUGGUUCCAUAACACCCUUGCCCUGCGGUUUGGUGUGGGUGUUAAUGUGUUCUGGCGUCAUCUACCUCCUGACAGCUAUGACAAAAAGGACCCAUAUGGUAAUAAAGACCCAGUCGCUGCAACUCGAGCCCUUCAGGCCCUAGAGAGGGCGCUCCACAUUCUGGAGGAACUUCCAGCAGACUAUCGGGACUUCUACGGUCGCCGUAUGAUCCAGCGCAUCCAAAAGCGAACGUACUGUGACUGUCUGCUGGGCACAAAAACACAGGAUACAACAGUACAUUACCCAGCAGUCAGUUCACCAAACCUGGAUGACUCUGUGGAGUAACCAAUAUGCGGUGUUUGUUUUGCACUGGUAGUCUGACUUUUUGAUUAAUCUUAAUGUUGAAGAAACUGGACAGCACAGUUCUCUCCUGAGAAAUCCACAGGGACGUUUAAAGCAUUGUUUUAAACAUGUCUGUAUUAUUGUGGCUAAUAUAUUACACAAAAAUUAAAUUAAAGCAACACCAAAGCAUUUUCUAUGCA